UUUUUUUUUUUCUUCUUCUCUUUUCAUUCCCCACACAAUGCAAACUUAUGGCACACAAGUGCCGCUUACAGCACUUGAACGAGAUUUAUUACAAGCAGAUCGACCUGGUUAUGGCUCUCGCUCUAAAAUAUCCAGCGCAUUUAAUUUGGUCAAUUCCACUGUAGGAGCUGGUAUCAUUGGCUUACCCUUUGCCAUUUAUUUAGCAGGAUUUUGGACGGCUAUUGUUCUUUCAUUGUUUGUGGCUGUGAUCUCUCAAUUGGGUUUACACAUGUUGGUUGUUUCCGGUCAACGGGUGGGCGCCUACAAAUAUGCCGUCCUCAUGGAAAACGUCAUGGGAAAGACGGGUUUUUAUUUCUUAAAUUUCCUCAUUCUUGUCCAGGCCGCUGGUGCUUGUGUGAGUUAUUUUAUACUCAUUGGAGACACAAUUCCGGUUUUAUUACAGCUUUACUUUCCCGAAUACACCACGCUGACGGAAAGGUCACUUGUCAUUGCAUUGAUUGCCGUCUUUCUUGUAUUUCCAUUGAAUUUAUCAAGGUCUAUUGGUGCAGUAGCCAAUUGGUCCAUCUUAUCCGUCUUGUGUUUACCUAUUAUUCUCAUUACCUUACUGAUCAGAGCACCUGCUUAUGCAAAGUCACAUGAAUCGCCAUUGAACUGGGAAGGACCUGAUAUCUUUGGUGCACUGGGGAUUUUAGCCUUUGCAUUUGCAUGUUCUCAUGUUUGCUUUAGUGUCUUUCUCAGUCUUAAAGAUCAAACGAUUCGUUCCUGGACCAUUUCCACUACAUUGGCCACCAUUAUGAGCUGGUCUGUCUCUAUCUCCUUUGCCGUGAUUGGUUAUCUCAGUUUUGGUCAGGAUGUCGAGCCCAACCUCUUUUUAAAUUUUCCUGCCGAGGAUUAUGUCGUCAAUAUCGGCCGAUUUGCGCUUGGUUUCAGCAUGAUUUUGACAAUUCCAAUGGGAUUCUACCCAACCAGAGAAGCAGUACAGAAAUUACUAGGAUUUGAAACGGCGACACGUCAACCGAGCCAGAUGCAGCAUUAUUUGGUGACGAUUGGGCUAUUUAUUAUAAUUACGGUAUUAGGUAUCAGCGUCAGAUCGUUGGGUAAAGUGUAUGCAUUGAUUGGUGGGUUUGCAGCUACCUUUUUGGCUUAUAUAUUGCCCGCGUUUGCAUGUUUGGUCACAAGAAGGUACCCGGCAGUGACGGAUGAUGUAAAGCAACCUUUGCUUGCAGAUGAUGGAAAUGAGCAUCGAACACCCUCCUCUUUAGUGUCACAAGAAGAUCCAAGUGUACCUCCCUUUGGAUUGUUGGAUUGGUCUGCUUUGGUCUUGAUGAUUUGGGGUACCGUUGUCAUGGUCUUUGCUACCUCGGGCGCAUUCAAGUAAUUAGAGUCACUUUCUCUUAUCAACAAUAAAAACAUUUAUUAUAUACCCAUUCUAUCGCGUGAUUUGUGUCAUUUCUUUUCAUCUAUCAUGUUAUAACCCCUUCAUUAAAAGAUGCCGAUAAAAGUAAGGGUCCCC